AUGGUUUCUCCAGUCUAUUCCAUUCCCACGGCAGCCGAGCUGACCAAACUGUAUAUCAACGGCGAAUAUGUGGAUGCACAGUCCGGGAAAACCUAUACGCUGUAUAAUCCAGCUGACGACUCGGUGGUUUCCGAGUGUAUUCCAAUCGCAGACCAGAACGAUGUGGAUAGGGCUGUCACUGCAGCCGAAGAGGCUUUCUAUGGACCAUGGAGCAAGUUCACGGCCAGUGAACGAUCUGCUUGUUUAAGAAAGCUCGCAGAUCUACUUGAUGAAGAUGACCGCCUGGUCAAAAUUUUGACCCUUGACGCACAGAGCACAGGUAACCCGGUGUCGAUUAUUCCCACCCGUGAAAAAACUUACAUCAUGAAUCAUCUUCUGUACUACGCGGGAUGGACCGACAAGCUGCGAGGCGACUACUUCCCCGACGAUGAUGGAUUUGUGAAGCUUGUUCGUCACGAGCCAAUUGGGGUGUGUGCUGGAAUAAAUCCGUUCAAUGCGCCCGUGGCCACUCUCAUGAUGAAGGCUGCGCCGUGUCUGGCAACCGGCAACACGCUGAUCCUCAAACCGUCCGAACUGAGCCCGUUAGGCUCCCUAGCUAUCGCGCCUCUUUUUGCGGCAGCCGGGUUUCCUAAGGGUGUUUUUCAAGUUCUCACUGGUGCAGGAGAGACUGGUGCAAUGCUAUCAAGUCAUAUGAGAAUCCGAAAGAUAAGUUUCACGGGCAGUGUCGCCACUGGGAAGAAGAUUCAGGUUGCUGCUGCUCAAAGUAAUCUAAAACGCGUUACACUAGAGCUUGGUGGUAAAAGUCCGGCUCUGGUAUUCGAAGAUGCGGACUUGAACAAUGCGCUUACUUGGACUAUAAAUGCCAUACUCGCCCGAUCUGGUCAGGUGUGUGUUGCAGCAACAAGAGUCUACGUUCAAAAGUCCAUAGCAGAAGACUUCAUUGAGAAGUAUAAAGAGCGUAUGCGAACGGCAGUGGAAAAGCUCGGCGAUCCUCUAGACAAAGCUACCAUCAUGGGGCCCUUGGUUGAUAAAAGGGCACUUGACCGUGUCACUAAAAUGAUUGAAAGAGGCAAGACUGAGGCAGAGCUAGUCGUUGGUGGUGUUCGUCAUGGAUACCAGGGCUGUUUUAUUGAACCUACUGUCUUUCUGAAUCCCCAGAAAGAUGCCCAAAUAUAUACGGAUGAGAUAUUUGGACCGGUGGCCGUGGUCAAGACCUUUGAGACAGAGGAGGAAGUGCUGAAAAUGGCGAACGAUACCGAAUACGGUCUAAUGUCUGGUGUUUUCACGAAAGAUGUCAAUCGGGCAUUGAGAGUUUCAUCCAAAUUGGAAUCUGGCGUCGUUGGCGUGAAUUGUGUCAGCUAUAUGAAUGUCCAGGUUCCCUUUGGGGGAAAGAAGGCAUCCGGGCUAGGGAGAGAGUAUGGUGAAUAUGCCUUGCGAGCGUUUACUGAGCCAAAAACAGUUCUCAUCAAGUAG